AUGUCGCUGGCAACUUAUGAGAGGAAAAAGCUUAAGUUAGCCCGUAACUUACCCUCCCGUUACACCGAUAAUGACAGCGGCGCAUCAUUAUCUUGCCCCGCGUAUGUUACCUCCUCCUUUGCGUCGCCUUGGUUGUGCGCCUCUGAAUACCUCAGCACAAAACAGAGAACUAAUACCUGAAAGUGAAUUGACAACGAUUUCCGAUAGUUUGUCUAAAAUGGGGCAUCUCGCAGUUCUAGCUACUUGGUUUGAACCCCUCUCGCCAGCACCGCGGACCGUCCUGAGCGCUAACUAUUUUCGAUAGCUCGCUGAACCAAUGGGCGCUCGACUUCGAGGGUAACGCCGAACGGAUCAUUGAAAGCAUCCGUAUCGCGAGGGAGGCAGGAGCGUCUUUGAGGGUCGGGCCGGAACUUGAGAUAACGUAGGCUCGAGCUCCUCUUGCGAGCGUUGAAUUGCAGUCUGAUUCCUGUUGAUGUUGGCGGUGACAGUGGAUAUGGCUGUCUCGAUCACUUCCUAGAAGGUAAUGACCGUCCGAUCCCUCCCAAUCCUCAAGUAGACAGGAUCAUAACCCGGAGUACUAUUGACAGGUGACACAUACCUCCACUCCUGGGAAAUGCUCGCAAGGAUCAUCACACACGACGACUGCCAGGACAUCCUCCUCGACAUCGGAAUGCCGAUCGGCCACAAGAACGUCCGCUAUAAUUGCCGUGUCAUCGUCCACAACAAGAGGAUCUUGCUCAUCCGUCCAAAGAUAUAUCUUGCUAAUGAUGGGAAUUACCGCGAGAUGAGGUACUUUACCGGAUGGGGGAGGACAAAGUAUGUUGAGGAGUAUUACUUGCCCAGGAUCAUCAUGACCAUUACGGGCCAAAGGAAGGUGCCGUUUGGUGACGCGGCAAUAUCUACGUUGGACACGUGUAUUGCGCCGGAGACUUGCGAGGAGCUAUUUACUCCAAAUAGGUUGGCUCCUUUGAUUCCGGGUGGAAGAGAAGGCAUGGAAGGCAGGGAAGGGAGUUGCUAAUGGAUGAAUAGUCCGCAUAUCGGGAUGUCGCUAGAUGGAAUUGAGAUUAUGACGAAUUCUAGCGGGAGCCACCAUGAGCUGCGGAAGCUGCAGACCAGGAUAGAGCUCAUGACUGAGGCAACCAAGAAAGUAUGUGCCGUCGCUCCCCCUGAGGGCUCGAUAUGCCUCACAUUCUGACUUGUGGCAGUGCGGCGGUAUAUACCUGUACGCAAAUCAACAAGGAUGUGACGGAGACAGGCUUUACUACGAUGGCAGCGCCAUGAUUGGGAUCAACGGCAAAAUUGUUGCCCAAGGCACGCAAUUCUCUCUUAAGGAUGUCGUGAGCAGACCAAACUGACUGCCGUACCAUGUGAGGGGUCUAACGGAGUAAAUAACUAGGAGGUUAUCACGGCAACCGUAGACCUCGAAGAAGUCCGCAGUUUCCGCUUCGCGCCAUCCAGAGGUGUACAGGCCGUUCAAAACACUCCCUACCAACGUAUCGAAGCAGACAUCAAUAUCUCCUCUCCAAGCGACAAAGAAAACAUUUCUUUAAAACCCACACCGACUAUCGACGUUCGAUACCACUCUCCUGAGGAGGAGAUUGCUCUUGGUCCCGCUUGUUGGCUUUGGGACUACCUGCGUAGAUGCGGUGGUGCCUCCGGAUACUUUCUGCCGUUGAGUGGUGGCAUCGACAGUUGCGCUACUGCCACCAUUGUUCAUUCAAUGUGCAGACUUGUGCUUGAAGCCUGUGAGAAUGGUGGUGUGUUUUUCUCUCCGAUGUUGGGAGUAUUUCGGGCUAAUAUAAGUUAUCAUCGUUAGAGGAGCAAGUAAUCAAAGAUGCUCGAAGGGUGUGCGGAGAAUCGGAGGAGUCUACCUGGGUUCCAAGGGCACCUCAGGAACUCGCCGGGAGGAUAUUCCAUACAUGCUUCAUGGGAACCAAGAAUUCUAGUGUAGACACUCAGGCACGGGCCAAGGAGCUAGCGGAUGCCAUUGGGGCAUACCACAUUGAUCUGAAUAUGGACUCCUUGGUAAGGGCGGUUACUGAUCUGUUUAGCUUUGUUACCGGAAUGAGGCCUCAGUUCAGGGUUCACGGUGGCACAAAGACGGAGAAUCUAGCUCUACAGAAUAUUCAGGUUUGCCCCUCAGGCUGUAAUACAUGAGAUUUGAGGCGAGUGAUUCCUGAUGAGUAAUAGGCACGGUUGAGAAUGGUCUUGGCAUACCUGUUCGCUCAAUUGCUUCCCUGGUGCCGCGGGAAACAAGGCAGUUUAUUGGUCCUUGGAAGCGCGAAUGUCGAUGAAUGGUACCUCCCAUAAAAUGAUCCCGAACGCGAAUAUUAACUAACGCGGCCACUUCAUAGUCUCCGUGGCUACAUGACUAAAUACGACUGCUCAAGCGCAGACAUUAACCCCAUCGGCGGCAUAUCCAAGACCGAUCUAAAACGCUUCAUAUCCUAUGCCACAACCAAGUUCGAUCUACCAAUUCUACAUUCCUUCCUCGCCGCGAUCCCAACAGCUGAAUUGGAACCCAUAACAAGUGCAUACGUGCAGUCCGACGAGGCAGACAUGGGCUUUACAUACGAUGAACUCUCCAUCUUUGGACAAUUGCGCAAGAACCACAAACUUGGGCCCUGGAGUGCGUUCAAUAAGCUCCUACACGAAUGGGGAGACAGGAUGAGCCCUCGAGCUAUCGCUACCAAGACUCGGAAUUUCUUUUACUAUUAUGCGAUCAAUAGACAUAAGAUGACAGUCCUGACGCCUGCAUACCAUGCCGAGCAGUAUAGUCCUGAUGAUAACAGAUUUGAUCUCAGACCUUUUUUGUACCCGUCUUUCUCAUGGCCGUUCGGGAAGAUUGAGGAGGCGGUCGCUGCUAUCAAUGCUAGGGAGAAGGUGGAUUAGAGGGUGGAGUGGGGGGGGGCAGGGGCCCCGAGGUUGCGCGAUAUACUGAGGGCGAAAAACUGGUGCAUGUUACUUGUGGCUGCCUGGUUUCCCCGCCGGAUACCGCUCGGGACAUCGUCACCACAGCUUCGAGCCCUCUGCGUGUAGUAUAGAUCCCAACCAUAAACUAUCAAGCCGAGCCUUUUAAAC